CGGUGCUUCGCCAACAAAACGUCACCAUACUCGUUGAGGGAAGCCAUUUAAAAGUCUCCGCAUGCGCAAUCUCUUUGGUAAUGGGUGUUUCUGUCAUUCGCCUCCAUGGAAGCAACGGACAGUUUGACCAGUGUGAGAAUGUAGUGGAUAUGUCAGCGGGAUACAGAUAUUUCGCGCAUGCAACAUUUGAUGCAUUGAGCAUACUGAAAUGGCGGAAAAUUCUAUUGAUCUUUGAUGAGAGUCGCUUCUUUGAUGCUGGAUAUUUCUACCUCAACUAUAAGAAGUCAACACUCACCAUGGAUUUAAUUCAGGUGCCUGAGACAAAAUACGCUGAAGACAGAGAAAGAAAAAUAUGGCAAAUAAUGGAACAGAUACAAAGCUACCAACCGGAAAGUAUUCUUCUCUACACAGGGAAGGAAAACACAGAUAUGUUAUUGCAACAGGUUCCUCGUCAAAGGCAUUUUCCGUAUCAGUGGAUCCUCCAAGAACAGGUAUCUCAACACCAGAGAAGUCUUCCUGACAAUGUAGUCUUGGCAUUUAAGCUUCCAUACGAAAGCAGCUUUGUUAAUAAACUCUUUGGAUCAGCAGAACAAGAAAAACUCAAAUAUAUCAACAAGGAUUAUGUUGCUGUGGCACACGAUGCAAUAAACGUUAUUACCGAAGCUUUAAAUGAGAAGCCUUGUUUGUCACUGAAUGGAAAUGAUAGACUCUUACCUGAUACAGAGAUGUUUGACUGCAUGAGAAAGGUUACAUUCAACGGUAUGACUGGGUUUGUGCAGUUUGAUAACAGGGGAAGGCGAACAGACGUCUCCCUGGAAAUCUUAAAUCUUCGAAAUGAUUCUUUCGAAAAGAUUGGUUGUUGGAAUUCAACGGAACGAGCAGUUCUUUUUGAAGAUCCAUUACCAAACACUUUACCCGGAUCGUCAAGUAAUGGAGAAGUAAAAGGCAGACAUUUUAGGAUUGUAUAUGUUGAGGAUCCACCAUUUAUAAUGCCAAAGAAGAAUGAAGAUGGGACGAUUUCACUUCAAGGAUACUCUAUUGAUCUUCUCAAGGAGCUGUCUCGAUCACUCGGGUUUACAUAUGAAAUGUAUCCUUCGCCAGAUGGAUUUUAUGGAACAGUGACGGAAAAUGGAACUUGGAAUGGCAUGAUAAGACAGAUUUUAGACGGGAAUGCGAACAUGGCGGCUGGAUCGAUUGCCAUCACUGAAACCAGAGAAAAGGUGGUGGAUUUCACUGUUCCGUUCAUGUAUUAUACUGACGAUCUACUGGUGAAGAAGACAUCAACAGAGACAACUGAUUUACUGCAGUUCAUGCAUCCAUUUGAAAAUGGCGUCUGGAUCGCUACUCUGGGAGUAGUGGCACUCAUCUCUAUUGCUGUCUUCGUAUUGAAUUACUUCAGUCCUUAUGGAUACAAAGAUGAAAAUGGUAGAGGAACAUCAGAGGAGUUUAAUUUCUUCAACAGUGUGUGGUUUUCUUUGGCCUGCAUGCUGCAGCAAGGAGGAGAUAACACACCGAGGAAUUUAUCAGGUCGAAUUCUGGCCGGUUGCUACUGGUUCUGUAUAGUUAUCUGGGUCUCAACAUACACAGCCAACCUUGCUGCCUUCCUUACUGUGAAAAAUGCAGUUCAGCCGAUCAACAGUCUGAACGAUAUUUUAAAAACCUCUUACAAAGUGGCAGUUGUCUCUUCCACCAGUGUUCAUUCAGCAUUUAAGAAAACUCAGUACGAGCCGCAUAGGAAGAUUUGGAAUAGAAUCCAAGCGGAAAAAACAUUAGUUAAAAACGGACAAGAAGGAGUCCAGUGGGUUCGAGAGAAGGAUAAUUUUGCAUUUAUUCACGACGGACCAGUCCUUGAUUACCUCGCCAUGCAGCGGCCAUGCGGCCUCAGAGUAGUUCCUGGUCUGACCUCGGCCAAAGGUUUCGCCUUGACUUUUAGAGCGUAUGACCCUCACACUGAUUUAUUUACGCUGACUAUUCUGCACCUCCAUGAGAAUCAGUUUCUGGACUCACUGAGACGAAAAUGGUGGGAUAAUAAAAAUGCUUGCUCUCAGGAACAAGACACAACUUUGUCUCGUAAGCGAAUCAGUCUGAAGAGCAUGCUGGGAGUUUAUAUUGUGUUGAGUGCUGGACUAGCAGUUGCCUUGGUGACGCUUGCUGCUGAGAUCUACUGGAAAAGAACAGCUAAACACGUACUAACCAUCAAAGUUCAAACAGGGAACAGAAGGCCAGCGAAUUCUGCGUUUAGGACAAACUGCACCAGUAGGACUUCAGCAGACUGACUAACAUGGAAUGAACCUAAAUUCUGUAGAGCGAACAACCCAAAAAGAAGGAAAUAUAAAGAUCACCUUGUUUGGAAGUCUGGACUAAUAACCCUAAGCUCUGUGGUGCUGAGCACUGUUCCUAUGCUAAGUAAAAAAGCUAAUAGAUGACAUCAAAACAAUAAGAGGAACAAACUUGCACAACUUGCUUCAUAUUAAGUGAUCUGAUAAAGCACAAGAACUUCUAAUUAAUAAAUUUCCACCAUUUAUGACUCAGUUGAGGGUACAAGGAUAAGUAUUGAUCAUGUAUUUAUGAACGAUAGCCUCUAUUUGACGCGAAAACAUGUUCAUUUUUCUUCCACAUUUUGAUUGUUCAAAAAUAUAAUUUUCCGGACGAUCGAGGAAGACAGUCAGCUUUUUAUGAUAUGUUUGAACUCUUAGAGUAUCAUCGCAGGAUUUUAAGUAAAAUAACUUGAAAUAACACAAAUGUUGAGCUCCUAUGUUUUAUUACAUUGUUACACGUCUUUGUGUCCACGCUAUCAACUUGCAGCGAUACUUAGGAGCCAUACAGUUAUCUUUUGAUUUAAGUCAGCAGAUAAUCAAUUUAGGAGUGGAAGAUCUGCAUGUUGCAAGAAGUUUCAAAUUUUUAAACUGACAUUCUACCCUUUUUCGAGGCAGACAUUUUCUCUUUGACCACUGAGGUUGGAAGCAACA